AUGCAGAGCAUUGUUCACCCUUCGAGGCAGCUGCCUGUGGUCUUAGACUGUGGGACCGAUAACAAAAGCUUACUCAAUGACGAGCUUUAUCUCGGUCUUCGACAGCAGCGCGUUAGAGGUAAGGAAUACGAUGAUUUUGUGGACAAUUUUGUCACAACAGCCAGAAAGAUGUUCCCAAGGGCAUACAUCCAUUUCGAGGAUGUUGGCCUUCACAAUGCUAGUAGACUCCUGGAUAAAUUCCGCCCAUAUGUCCCCUGUUUCAACGACGAUAUUCAAGAGACAGGGUGUGUGACCCUGGCUGCAUUGAUGGCGGCCUUUCAUUUCAUGUCAGGGUUGGGUAUUGCUGAACAAAUCUCCGAUGCUAUUGUGAUCGAAACCGGACAGUCAAAGUCGGAUGCCCCGAAACAUAUAUGGUACAGCUUCUCAGGUGUCUGGAAAAGCCGGAGCUUUGCUCAAAUCUCUGGGAGAUCAGCUUACACCAGCCCAAGCUCCGUUUGCACGAAUGAUGACCAGUGGCCCCAAUGGAGGGUCUUGGAUCUAUUUUCUGUGGUGAAAGAAGUGAAGCCACAUGUCUUGAUCGGGACGUCCACCAAACCCAGGGCGUUUACAGAGGAGAUCAUUCGAGAGUUGGGCAAGCAUGUCGAACGACUGAUCUCUUUUCCACUCAGGUAUAAAGCCUGGAUAGCUACCGGGAGUCCACUUCCUGCCGUUGAACGCAACGGUGAAAAAUAUGAGGUUGCCGAGUGCAACAAUUCAACUUGCUUCCCUGACAUCGGCCUUGGGGCUGUUGCGCUGACGGCUCCGUCGCCCGCACUUCAAAAUCCAAACCUGCCUCUCCUACCUGGUGUUGAGGAUGUACGAGAGACAAGAGUGGCGAUUGUUAAAGCAGUUAUUCAAACCGCGGUUCAGGAAGUAGAAGCUCAAGAGCAGACCAUUCCCACAGAUGACGCAGACUUGGAGUAG